AUGCCGACGGUCCAGCUACGGAAGAAUGCGACGAUCGCAACGGUCAGAUUCGGUGGAAACGAGCCGACGAACACGAUCGGGAUCACAACAGUCAUUACCCCGAUUGGAGAAGUCGUUUUCCACGUUAUCAAUAUGUCAACGCCCUUCUUGCUAUGCCUCAAGGAUAUGGACCGUCUCGGUGCCUAUCUCAACAACGUCACGAACGAAUUGAUCUGCGGCGAUAAGAGGAUUCCGAUCAUCAAGGCAGACGCACCGCGCAGGUUCAAAUUCACGUUAAAGGAUAACUGCGAUUUCAACUACGAAUUGAUCGUCGAUGUAAUGCAUCUUGACAGCCGAGACGUGGAAGCACUCAAAUUGUGUUGGAUUGACACAUACCUAGGCCCUCCAGAUGUUAUCACGCACGACGCUGCUGAGUCGUUGCUUCAAAUGGCCUUCAAAUCCGUCAAUGAUACCGCCGGACCUGACGGUCUAGUGCCCACACUACUAGUCUUUGAGGUCACAGUUGAGCUAGACAACGGGCCAGCUAAAUUUCGCAGCACGGCUGUCCAGCCCUACUUUCGCCACCCGGAUUCGCAGCAGCAACGAAGUCACGAUGUUCUACAGCAGCCACACGCUGACAAUCAGACUGCUGACAAUCAGGCUGAUAGCAUCAACGUUGAGACCGAAGUGCCUAAGCCAUUCGAAUAUCCCGAGCCGGAGAGACCACGCAGACGCGGCAGACCAAGAAAACCCUUUUCGUUACCUCGAUCUCAAUUUUCACCCGCUAAUAUGUUUCUAUCGCAUAAGGAGUGCGCCGCCCUCGACCUUGCCGUAAAGUUACGUGCAGAGAAGAAAAUCACUACCGCCGGACGACCGUUUGAAGCCUCUGAUGACCUCGAAAUCACGAACCUGCUAGGCGCAGGCGUCAUCGUGCCCGAACGAUACGAUAUGAAUAAGCAUGGAAAACACAGGCUAUUCAAGUCACGAAUGGUCCGGGAGGUCAAAGGAUAUGGUGACGACGAGAAGCGCACAACAACAUUCCUGCAACGUGAAGACCGCGAGCUAUGCUUCCAAGCCAAGCCAAAGAAGACCCUACGAGAAGGCGAUACCUGUGAUUUCAACGGCAGCCUCAUUGCUCUAGAGAAGGGCUAUCUUCUAGUCAUGCAGAAAGGUCAGGUCAACAACCUCAAAAUUAUCGAUCUAUCCACGGAAGAUCGGGCCCAACGAUACGUGGAACAACGUGCCCAUCCAACCGCGGAGGAUUUUCAGGCGUUGAAUAAACGGAUCCAAUGGCAGAUCGACAAUCCACAAAGAGGCCUUCGAUUCGUCCCAAUAGGUCUAGAAGCAGCAAAGGUCUUCGUCUUCACAGACGGAUCAUUCGCCAACAACAAGGACUUAAGCUCUCAGAUCGGAUUCGUUAUAAUCAUUGCAACCGAGACUAACUCGACGAAGUGCAAGAGAGUCACCCGCAGCGUCUUGGCUUCUGAGAUAUAUGGAUUAGCUUCAGGCUUCGAUUUGGCAUAUGUGGUUGCAGGGACGAUCAACCAGAUUACAAGCCGCCUUGGAUUACCGCAAAUCCCGCUCGUUGCCUACGAACAACGCGAAAUCACCAACAUCCGCUGGAUCAACGGAGCGGAUAACCCGGCCGAUGCAAUGACGAAGCUAUCUCCAAACGGGGCCUUAACCCGAUUCGUUAACGACAACGAGAUCACGAUCCGGCUCGAAGGCUGGGUUCAAAGGAAGGAAGAUAUGACCGCAUGA